UGCUGGCGGCCGUUUCCUGGUGGCCUGGCGGCGGCGCGGGAGGGAGGAUGCGGCGCAGGUCUCGGCUGCUGCUCUGCUUCGCCUUCCUCUGGGUGCUGGGCAUCGCCUACUACAUGUACUCGGGCGGCAGCGCCGCGCUGGCCGGCGGCGGCGGCGGAGGCGGCAGGAGGAAGGAGGACCCAAAUGAUAUUGACCCCAAAAGGAAAGAAGUGCGUGGCAAUGAUGGGGAGGACAGGGCACAAAGUGUGGAGACACUACCUCCAGGAAAAGUUCGGUGGCAAGACUUUGACCAAGACACCUACGUUGGUGCUACCGUGGUGCGAUCCGGCCAGGAUCCGUAUGCACGGAAUAAGUUCAAUCAGGUGGAAAGUGACAAACUGCGAAUGGACCGAAGCAUUCCUGACACUAGGCAUGAUCAGUGUCAGCGGAAGCAAUGGCGGAUAGACUUGCCAGCCACCAGUGUGGUGAUCACCUUUCAUAAUGAGGCAAGAUCUGCUUUGCUUCGAACUGUUGUCAGUGUCCUUAAAAAAAGUCCAUCACACCUUAUUAAGGAAAUCAUACUGGUGGAUGACUACAGUAAUGAUCCUGAUGAUGGGGCUCUCUUGGGAAAAAUUGAAAAAGUACGGGUUCUUCGAAAUGAUCGCCGAGAAGGCCUGAUGCGCUCCCGUGUCAGAGGGGCAGAUGCAGCACAAGCCAAAGUAUUGACCUUCCUGGAUAGUCACUGUGAGUGCAAUGAACACUGGCUGGAACCACUUUUGGAAAGAGUAGCUGAGGACAAGACCAGAGUUGUGUCUCCUAUUAUUGAUGUAAUUAAUAUGGACAACUUCCAGUACGUGGGGGCGUCAGCUGAUUUAAAAGGCGGCUUUGACUGGAACCUUGUAUUCAAGUGGGAUUACAUGACACCAGAGCAAAGAAGAGCACGACAAGGAAAUCCAGUUGCUCCCAUAAAGACACCCAUGAUAGCUGGUGGACUAUUUGUGAUGGACAAAUCCUAUUUUGAAGAACUAGGGAAGUAUGACAUGAUGAUGGAUGUCUGGGGUGGAGAAAAUCUAGAGAUCUCAUUCAGAGUUUGGCAGUGUGGUGGGAGCCUAGAAAUCAUCCCUUGCAGCAGAGUGGGUCAUGUGUUCCGCAAACAGCAUCCUUACACAUUUCCUGGUGGGAGUGGUACUGUGUUUGCAAGAAAUACACGCAGGGCUGCAGAAGUCUGGAUGGAUGAGUAUAAAAACUUCUAUUAUGCAGCAGUGCCUUCAGCCAGGAAUGUACCUUAUGGCAAUAUUCAAAGCCGAAUGGAGCUCAGAAAGAGACUUAGCUGCAAACCAUUUAAGUGGUAUCUUGAAAAUGUUUAUCCUGAAUUACGGGUACCUGAUCAUCAAGAUAUAGCCUUUGGGGCUUUGCAGCAGGGUACCAAUUGCCUUGACACUUUGGGCCAUUUUGCAGAUGGUGUUGUUGGAGUUUAUGAAUGUCAUAAUGCCGGGGGAAACCAGGAAUGGGCCUUAACAAAGGACAAGUCAGUGAAACACAUGGAUUUGUGCCUUACUGUUGUGGACAGAGCUCCUGGUUCACUUAUAAAACUUCAGGGUUGUAGGGAAAAUGACAGCAGACAGAAAUGGGAACAAAUUGAAAGCAAUUCUAAACUGAGGCACGUUGGCAGCAACCUCUGUCUAGACAGCCGAAAUGCCAAAAAUGGUGGUCUCACCGUUGAGAUCUGCAAUCCUUCUUUGUCACAGCAGUGGAAAUUCACACUUAAUCUGCAGCAGUAGAAGGACUUACAAGCAAAAUGCUGUUUCAACUGAAAAACAUUGGGCAAAGUUUUGAUUGAAUUACUGAUGUAUUUCUUAAAACUUUCCACGGAACUUAUAUACCUCAGUAUUCCACCUUUAUCUGAAAGUAAAGUGCUGAAGCAGACACCAGGGAUCCGGGGGACUCGGAGCACUGCAAAGAUGUCACUGAGCAUUACUUCACAGGAAGAAGGAAUUGUGCUGCAGACUUGAACUGUUCAUUUCUGUCUUCAGCUACUACUUGCACAGCAGAUAAUUAACUCUAGGAACAACUGACGUAUUAUAAA